AUGCAGGCGGUGGGUGGUUUUUGGCGCCAGAAGCUUCUAGCAACCCUCAGCGGGUUCGAUGGCUGUCCACCGCUUUCCACCGCUAUCAACACACAACAACUACAACUACAACUACAACUACAACAACACCGGAUUACGACUACGAGCGACGACGACGACGACGACGAUGACAAUAGGCUAUUCAAGGGGCAUGUGUAUGGGGAAUGUUGCUGGGUUAUCCAACACAACACCGCAAGUUCUCGUAGUUUCGAUGCGGUUGAUGGCGACGAUUGGCGCGGCCGCCCAAGAGAGGAUAUGACGUAA